AUGAGGGUGGGGCUGACCACCACCACCGGCCACAGACCUACCUGGAGCCUCGGUGUCUGCUCCAGAAGAAGUGGCAGGCGGGAGGAUGGGCAUGAGGCCAGGAGGCCUACAAAGUGCCAGCAGGUAGCCACUGGGAAGCUCUGGGUUUGCAGGCUCAUCGCCCUGCGCUACCCACCGCCGGCUGAGGAGGGCGCUGUGGCCGCCGGAAUCCCGUCGGCCGGCGCGGGGACGACAGCCCCGCGGGCGGUGCCGCCUGCGCAGCAGCAGGAGCCGAGGCGCUGCGGCGUGAAGUCUUCCCGUGGGAAAUCCAGUUGUCGCCGAGGGCGCCGGCCCGGCGGCUCUGUCGCUCUUGGCGUUGCGUGGGCGGCACCUUGGGGCGCAGAGGAGCCGACGGCAUCGUGCCCGCCACCGCUGGGGCCAGAGACGCGUCUUCUCCGGACGGCCCUCCGGCAAGAGGCAAAGGGUGCAGGCCACGCCCCCGAAAGGUGGAAAGACUGUAUCCCAGUUGGACAGCACCUGCCAGGGACUCGUUUCAUCGCUGUCAAAGUUCCUUUGAAAAAGCUGGAGGAAGCACUGAGGGAUCACUGGAACUCUGGACUGAAGCUGUCACUGAAAUGCCUCCAGCGUCAGGUGGCGGGUUACCCACCAGUGUCUGGAUAUGUCUGCUGCUGCAGGUCUUGGGGAAUUCUGGACCUUGCGGCAGACAAAAUGUCUGGCUUGGAGGCUGCAAACCCAGGGAAGUCUCCAUGCCCAGUGAAGUCUCCAUCACUACCAAGGAACAAGGAAGAGGUCAGUCUUUGGCAACUUUGAGCUGCGAAAUCAUGGCUGAGAGAACGGUCCUGCAGCCUGGCAGCCAGCGUGCACCCACCGCAGCUGUCUUGCUCUGAGUGAGCACAGCCUCUGUGUGAGGUUGAACUGGGCCCCAGGGAGAAUGGUUCUGUGGGAGGCUGGCCUUGCUUCCUGCUGGAGGUGGGCCUCUUCCUUAUGUGCCCUUAUUACAUGUAUUUUCUGCAUUUACAAACCUAAACAAGUGGAAUUUAGUUUAUCCAUCUGGUUGACCUGCUUCAUGGUUAGCUCUUUUAAUGGGUACUCUGAAAUGCAUUUCCUUACUUUGGGCCCUUGUCUACAUUCUCCUAAUAUUCUGCUAUCAUAUUUUGAUGCUUAACUCAACUUGAAAUUGAGGGUGUGUAGGAGUUUUCUGUUGUAGUAUAAAGCAAACUGGAAUUUUGGGUGAGGCUGUUUUUUAACUUACUCAUUUUUUGAGGACUGAUUAUACAUUAAAGCCUAAGUAGAGGAAAUGAGGAAGAAGAAACUGACCAAGGAAAAGGGGAUGUUUGAUUUCAUUUCUCAUGUUUUAGGAAUGAAGUUAUAAAUUAAUCUAGCCCCCGACUUCAUAUGUUCUUCACUGUUAACUGUUCAUCCCUCUCUUUUGUGGGGGAGGGAGAGAGUACUGGAAUGGCCUGAUUUUGGAGUGGCAGACACACUGCAGAGCCCUCUAAGCAUCUAGGUGUUUCAUUUUCUAAUGCCCUGAAUGAUUUUGGCAACCCAAAAGGAGCUCUCUGUCCACGACUCUCCAGUGUGGUGCCCAGAUCAGCAGCAUCGGCAUCACCUGGGAACUUGUUAGAAAUGCAUGUUCUCAGGCCCACCCCAGACCUACUGAAUCCAAAUCUCUGGAGGUGGAGCCCAGAAUCUUGUGUUUUAACAAGCCCUCCCCUUUGAGGUCCACCAGGGUGAUUAUAGAAGUCCACUGUAGGUAAUCCUGCUUUUCUAAGCAUCUCUGCCAAUUAUUAAACUCAAUCUACCUAUAGAUGGACCCUGAUCUUUCAGCCUACAGAGCAGUGUGUUUAAGGGUUUGAGUCUAUAGAGAAUUUGUAACCACCCUGGUUUUUAAAUCUUUGCUUCAUCAAGGACACAGUGGUCAAUAAAAUGUAU